AUGUUUCGCAAGUCACUAGGCUCAAUUCUCGCAAGAAGAACAAUGUCAAACUCAAUUGUAAGCAAACAACAAUCCGCCAUUAUUUUUGAUGGUAUCAGUGAUGGUUAUGAUGUGAUUAAAUACAAGACCAUUCAAACUCCCACAGUUGAAAACUCUAACGAGAUGGUUAUAAAGAAUUCUUAUUCUGGUAUUAACUUUAUCGAGGCAUACUUCCGUAAGGGAAUAUAUCCAUGUGAAUUACCAUACCUUCCAGGCAGGGAAGCCUCGGGGAUAGUCGCUGAAGUUGGGAAAGAUGUGAAAAAUUUCCAAAUUGGUGAUAAGGUGGCUUAUCUUCAUGGUGAGACAAUGGCUGAGUUUACCAAAAUUAAAGAAACUGACCCUAUCAUCAAAUUAUCGAAAGAUGCAAGUGACGAAAACUUGAAAUUAUAUGCUGCUGGUUUACUACAAUCGUUGACAGCUAUAACUUUAAUCAACGAAGCUCACGAAGUCAAGAAAGGGGAAUAUGUGUUAGUGUACGCUGCAGCUGGUGGAGUUGGAUUACUUCUCGAUCAAUUAUUGAAGAUGAAAGGUGCACAUACAAUCGCAGUCUGCUCAACAAAAGAAAAAUUGGAACUGGCAAAGGCAAAUGGUGCUGAAUUCUCAAUCAAUUCUAAAGAAGAGAAUGUCGUGCAAAGAGUUAUGGAAAUUACUAACAAUAAAGGUGUUGAUGUGGCAUAUGAUUCUAUUGGCAAGGCUACAUUUGAAGAUACACUGGCUGCAUUAAAGCUCAAAGGGUCUUUAGUGUCAUUUGGAAAUGCAAGUGGACCUGUACCUCCAUUAUUGAUUAAUAGACUAUCACCAAAGAACCUCAAGCUGGUUAGACCCCAAUUAUAUGGCUAUAUUACUAACCCAGAGGAUUGGGAAAAAUAUUCAAAAGAAUUUCAGUCAUUGGUAGAUUCAGGUAAAUUGAAUAUUAAGAUUUUCAAAACAUACCCUUUAAAAGAUUAUAAAAUUGCUGUUCAAGAAUUGGAAGGUAGAAAGACAACAGGGAAAUUGGUAUUAAAAAAUUGA